AUGGCUCUACAACUUACCAAGCUCCUGGCCGCGAUCAUGCCGCUCCUUUCGCUCUCCAUCGCCGCCGCCGACGACAAAGGGGUGACCGGCCAGGACUGCAACACCUUCACGCUCAAGGGCCAAUCCGGACUCCGUGUCUCCACGCUGAGCUCAAGCGCCGGCCCCUACUAUACUCUCUACGCCAUGCUAUUCGGGAAGACUAGCGCCAACAUUUCUAACUUUGACGCUUUCGAGACGCAACACCUCGGGACGUACCUCUGCAACGCCGGAACAUGCUUCUACGAGGUCCCGGUCACGAAGCAGCCCAAGGAUGGGAAAAAGAGGCCGAUGUGGAUGGUCGAGUUCGACGGAAGUAAUGAAAAAAAUCACAACGUUGUGGAUGGACAUUCCAGGGUCGUUAUGCAUUUUGGAUCGUAUUAG